AUGCCGCCGAGCCCACCCCGAAGACUGAGGAACGUCGUCGUCGCCGCCGCCGUCGACGCCUCUGCGGCUGCUGUCGGGCCUCCGCGCCUCGGAGUCGCUGGGGUGUCGGGGGUGGCAGCCAGCCUGCUCCAGCCCUUUGGGCUUCCAAAGGGGAGGAGGGACGUGGAGAAAGAGAAGGAAACGCCCAACUUGUGUCCAGCUUGGCAGAGUGCUCCCCCAUCUGUUUAUUUCAGUGUCCCAUUUCUCUCACGGGCAAUUUGGGCCUCCGAGCUCGAAGAAAAACUCGCAAGUUGCAAGGCCAGCGGGCUGGUCUUCGGGCACAGCGUCCCGUGUCGCGGCCGCCAGUCCACCCUGGAGGCCGCCAGCGCAACGGAGCGCGGGACGGGGAGCCCAAGCCGGGGACUGCUGUCUCCAAAAAGUAACUUCUUCAAGGCUCCAUGCCCAACGUGGGGCUGGAACUCAGGACCCCAAGAUCAAGAAUCACAAGUUCCACAGACUAGGGCAGCCAGGUGCCACUGCACUUUGAUUUUUAACACCUUCCAGACUUUUAGGAAUACUGCCGUUUGGAAACAGAGCCUGGCUGUGGCCUGUGGGGGCACCAGGGAAGUUGUUGGCGGAGCUGAGGAUAAACACCAGCGAUUCUAUUCUCAGACCUGCAUCCCUCCUGUCCACGUGGGGGCGCGCUCCGGCUCAGCCUGGAAACGCGGGGAGCUGAAGUUCCAACGUUACACGCAUCAGGUGUGGACAGCAGUUGGGGGUUGAGGCCUCAGUCUCUCCGCCCUGCACCCAGCCCCCUGACCUGUAGCCUGCAUGGUCCCUCAGGUGACUGCACCAGCCCCGGUUAAGCUGACCGCCAGCGGCACACGGCACAAACCUGCUGGGUUCCUCAAGAGAACCCUCUGCUGGUCCUUCUGCGAGCCCUGUCUCAUUUCACGCCCUCACAGAGCUUCCUGGAAUCACCUCCUGGGGCGGUGAUGAGACUCCAUUACCAGUGAGCUCAGGCAUCUUUUCAAGUGUUCAUAAGGACCAUUUCCGCAUCAUCUUCUGUGAGUGGAAUCUUCUAUGAGAGUCUGUGGAUAUUUAACGUGUCUUUCUCAGAGCAUCCUAAUUCCUUCCGGUAGUGGCCACUUGUGUUCUGUUUUAUCAGUCUCCUGUGAAGUCAGAUUCACAGCCUUUGACCUAAAGGAAGCCAACAGGUGGACUCCUCCGGGCCAUGCUGAUUGGUUGAGGACAGGGCUCAUGACCCAUGAAGGGUCAGCCAGAGAAAACAAGUCCCCAUUCCUUGAUGUCUUUUCAAGCUAUUGGACAGAGAAACUCUGCCUUCCUCUACAUUUGAUUCAGUGAAGUGGCCAUGUAACACCCAGAGGAGCCAGGAAAUGAAACCCCACAGAGAAGGCAAAGCUGAUGAAUGCAGAGAUUCUGAGUCCGGAUGGUAUUAUCUGAGCUGCUGGGUCCAGCCUCGUCCAGAGACAAACUACGCUUGAAUUCCCUGGUGGUGUAUAAAUGAAUACAUUCUUUGUUUCAAUUAUCCUUA